AUGGACUCUCGCACGCCGAACCCAUCAGUUCUAGCACAUAACCGAUACCAGCAAGCUCACGACGACACUUAUCCCAUGGCAGCCGACUACUACAACAACCACCCCUAUAGCAGGGCUUCGUCAAGACACCAUGGACCCCCGCCCGCGGGGCAGUCCGUGCCCGGUCAAGGCUAUGGUCCUGGCUAUUAUCCGCCCGGUCAGGCUAAAGGUGCACCCUACCUUGAACCCAGACCAAAAGAAAGCGGACGACAUAGGCGGUCUUACUCGACUGGAGGAGAAGCCAGGCACCGCGGAAGAAGCAGAUAUGACGAAUACGAUGAGGCGCCUCGCCGUGGCAAUCAUCGCCAUAAAACUUCAUCGCGCUACACACAUUCAGUGUCGCCUCCAUCACGGUCACCCAGCCCCUUACGCCCACGGAAGUCGCUUGGUGAUCACGCCUUAGAGGCACUUGGCUUCAUGGGAGCCAUGGAUGGAUCUCGCAGACAGGGCGACCGCGGGCAACGCCGCCACUACGAAUACGACGACGACCAUAGAGACCAUAGGGGUCAUGAUCAGCAUCGGGGUUAUGACAAUCAUCGUUACGAUUAUGAUGACCGCCGUCAGGACUCAAGCCGUGGCAGAAAUUAUCACAAUACAAGUACCUCAUCAGACCCUCGGGCCCACGGCUAUAGAGAUGAUCCAAACAAGGCCCUGCAGAACACUAUUACCGCUGCCUUGACUGCAGGAGUACUAGAAGCGUAUCGUGCCCGCAACGACCCGGGAGAUUGGACUGGUGAGAAGGGGAAGCGUGUCCUAGCUGCCGUUGCCAGCGCUGGCGGCACCGAAAAAGUUCUCGACCGUGGGGGCGCUAGCAAAUCUACCAAGAGACAUAUUAUAGAGUCGACACUAGCUGGCCUUGCGUCAAGCCACCUAGUUGGGGGAGAGUCGAGACGACACCGUUCACACUCAGAAAGUCAUGGAAGAACUAACACCGGCGCCACUGCAGCACUGCUUGCUGCUGCUGGCAAGAAGGCUUUCGAACACUAUCAAUCUAGAUCUCGUGAGUCUGGAAAGUACGAUUAUUACAGUGAUGAUGGCCGGCAAGGCAGGUCUGGGCGAUCGAACAGGAAGCGAAGCAAGAGUUUGACAGACUAUGUCGCCAAAGGAAUGGCUACUUUGGGACUAGACGAGCGAGGCCGUGACAGUGGCCAUGGCAACAGCCAUCGGCGACACCGAAGUCGGUAUAGCAGCCCUCCGUCUGAGUACGAGUAUGAUUACUCCGACAGACCUCGCCACACAAAGCGCCAUCAUGACCGGUACUAG